AUGGAAGCUGAUCAUAUCCAUGCACUUAUCGAACGAGUUAUAAAAAAACAACCAACCAUGAAAAUAUGUACGCCAUGGGAUUGGCAGCAACUUGUAAGAUCAACUGGAGCCACAGUUUUCGAGAUGCAGUUAGAUGACUUCAAGAACGUCGAGGCCUUAUAUUCCGGCACAGGAUCACCUCUCAUUCAAAAGAAACAGACAGUAGCUAAAGAAACCUUUUUAAUGUCAUCAGCGGUGUGGCUUGAGGUUCGAAAACAGGAUCCAGGGAUACUCAGACUAAAACAGACAUAUUCCAAGAGAACUACAAAAUGGUAA